AUGACAACGCUGCGAACAAGGAGUCUCACAGCUGGGCUCACCAACAGCAGACCCGCCCUCGCCGCCUCUCAGGCCAAGUGGACCACCACGACUUACACACCUUCCGCUCCGCUCGCAGCACGUAAUAUCGCUAGCUCCUCCAAGCUCUCAUCGCCUGCACCCCCUCCUGCCUCUCCUUCUCCUUCUUCAUCCUCUCCUACCUCUCCCACUUCCCCUCAGGUGACACUCACCUGGGAUCAAUACCUGCGGCUGAGAAAGUCUCGCAGAUUGGCAGGACUGGCCACCAGUGUGCCCUCGACGCUCCUCGCCGCCGCUGCUUCUGGGUCGUACUUUUUGGGACAAGAGAUCGACCCCGCCCAGCAAAUCGGAGGAAUUGAGCCACUCUACGUCUACGGAGCACUGACCAUCGCCUCCACCGGUCUUGGUUACCUCAUCGGUCCCUCCCUCGGCUCAAGCAUCUGGUCCCUCUUCCACCGAAGUAAACUUCCCCAAAUCAAUCAAAAAGAUGCAGACUUCUACGAACACAUCAAGCGGAACCGUGUAGAUCCUAGUCGGACCAAUAUGCAGAAUCCCAUUCCCGACUUCUAUGGAGAGAAGAUUUCAAGUCUAAAGGAGUACCGUCGCUGGCUGCGAGACUGUUCAGUCUACCGGCGUAAAGCUGCCCAUGGCCUCAAGGAAGAAGAAGAAGCAGCAGCAGAGAAAGGAACGAAGAGCACAGAAACCAAGAAGAAGAAGUAG